GCCACAAUACAAUCUGACAACACCUUGGCCAACCACGUUCGAUGGACCUCGCGUACAUCUGCAGCAGCGACCAACACGCCGCCGCCCUCGCGGCCGCCACCGCCGUGUCACUUCACCAUUCGUCUGCCGCGGAACCGCACCACCGAUUCCCGCCCUCCCGCACGUGUUUCUUCAACGAUUGCCACAAAGAAGUCCAGCCAGGGUCAUGGAAAUGCGUGUUUCACCGCAAUCGAGCCCGAUGCCUCAUCGCGGACUGCCAGAAUCAAGUGUAUGCCCGCAACUUGUGUGUGCGACACGGCGGUAAGAAGCAAUGCAAGCAAGAGGGGUGCUCUGGCAACGCCCGCCUCGGCAACUUUUGCUCCAAGCAUGGCACGGGUAGCAUCAAGAAGAAGUGCACGGAAGAAGGAUGUACCAAGAUGGCGCAUGCACGGCACAAGUGUGUUCGCCACGGCGGAGGACGCAAAUGCAAGAUGGACGGGUGCCAGACGCAUGCACGCAACGGCGGGUACUGCUGUCGACACAACCGACAGUUGGCCAACGACAAGGAAGCGCAGUCGCACAUGUUGCACCCUGCGGACCAUGGCGUGUUCCAUCACCCGCACAUUCAACCGAGCCCACACAGCAUGCUCAUCAAAGAUGACGCAGCAGCCGCACAAGACAGUGCUGCCGCCAACGGGUUGGAGAUUCUGAAUCUUACCAUCGAGCGCUACAACGUCGGCCAGGUGAACACGUCCGAGACCGCCAAGAGAGAUGCGGUCUACUCCUCGAUAGCAUAAAUAUACUACUUAUCACCGCAAUGCUCUUGGCGCGCCGCGACCUCGCCGUCGCCGACCCAACGGCGGCAAGCGCCCAUUCUGAAACCUCCCCAUCUUUAUGUAAACAUGACGUCAUGCUCGCAACCAA